AUGGUACGACACUUUGGAACCUGGGUGAUGGUCUUGACUUGCUUUGCGGUUGAGCUUGCAACUGUGGUCGUAGCUGAAAAGGCCGGAAUUGCUUUGUCUCCGUCGUAUAAUGCGGAACGCGUGCAUGCGGUGACGUGCUGUGACGUGGUAACGAGACAAUGGCCGCUACUACGUGGUUGGGACCGUCGUUGUGCUGCUUCUUUUGAAGAUAAUGACGCCUCAGUUGAGGUUCGGCUUCACCGUUUUUGGGACGCACCAGCGCAACUAGACACAACAAGUAGUGAACCUUUAUGCAGUCCUAGGGAACGCUCUCUCAGUGAUGAGUUUCUCCUCUAUUUUUUAAAGGAACGACUUUGUGUGGACCUCCCAGUGACGCAUACAGAGUUGGUACAAAGCAUGUACAGCGUUUUUGUUGUGGAUAAUCCGCUUAAUGAGGAUGAUUUGAUCGCAAUAAUGGAAGAGGCGUGUAGUCGAAUCCAGCAGCAGGGGGUCACUUUGUGGCGACAAUCUCUGCAGGCUCGCACUGUGCAUGGAGCGCAGGAAACUAUUUGCCGGCAACGCUGCUUUGUGAAGCGAUCUCUUUUUGACGGCGACGCUUAUGACCUCUAG